AAUACAAAGGAGGAGCUACUAGAUUUCAAGGGGAAAAAAGGACCUACUUAAAGCAGCAAAACGACGCUGUUUAAUUGUUUCACCAAAUACUUGUCUUCACCGUUUUAUGAUUAAACUCCAAUCCAAACAAAACCCCAAUCUCUUCCGAUAAACACCGCAUGGCUACCGACUCACGACGUGGCGGAGUAUCACUUCCGGCUAGGAAAUCCUCCAAGCCAAAAACAGAGCCUACAAUCUUCACUAAGCUAAGCGAUUCCGAAAUCGUCGCAAAAGGAAAGCAAGCUGCGUACGACACCGCGUUUGUCGCUAAAAAGCUGCUCCGCAGCACCGGAAAAGCCGCGUGGAUUGCGGGGACCACCUUCUUAAUUCUGGUGGUGCCUCUAAUCAUCGAGAUGGACCGCGAGCAGCAAUUCAGCGAGCUCGAACUCCAACAGCAAAGCCUCCUCGGAGCUCCGCCCCAAAAGUGAAAUCAAACGGGUCGGGUCAGGUUAGGGUUACUAUUCUUUAAUGGAAAAUGAAUUAUUAGUAAUCUUCAUGUGAUUGUUGUUGUGUAAUUUGGCGAUUGCUUGGCUAUAUUAUGGCCUGAGUUAGUAACUGAUUUCUUUGAAUAAAAUGGUUAAUUAUUAACCUAA